AUGGCUUCCCUCCAGUACGUGACGCUGGAUGUGUUCACUACCAAACGCUUCAAGGGGAACUCGCUGGCUGUUAUCUUUCUCUCGGAGUCCAACCCGAUCACUCAGGAACAGAAACAACUUCUUGCAACCGAGUUCAACUAUUCGGAAACCAUAUUCUUCCAUCCUGUGGGCUCUGAUCCUAGCCAGCCUAGAAAAAUAGACAUCUUUACAACGGAGCAGGAGCUUCCAUUCGCUGGCCAUCCGACCAUCGGUGCUGCAUCCUGGCUACUCGUCUGCUCAAAGGAUAAGAGCCCAGCCAAGGAAGCUGAGCAAGCACUUGCACUCACCACGAAGGCCGGGAAUAUACCAAUUUCACUCUCGCCUGAAGAUCCGAACAAAGUGUCCGCCUCAAUCCCACAUAAUGUGCAUAUCCAUUCUACUCGGAUGUCACUGUCUGAGGUUCUACGGCUCCAUCCGACUCUGACCCAGUCACUGGAUGCUCAAUCAUACCAGAAUGGAUUUCCCGUUGUGUCCGUCGUCAAGGGAAUGACAGCAGUGCAUAUUUGCCUCCCCAGCCUCGAAGCCUUGGCCCAGGCAACUACUACUGCUGAAUCUAUUCCCUCCACGGGAGUGUCUGCCGGCGGUUACCUGGACGAUGGCUGGGAUGUUGAGGGCCACGUCUCGAUCUAUUUCUAUGUACGAGAUGUAUGGGAUGACGAACUCCAGAAGAACGUCAUCCGAUCUCGAAUGAUGGCCGGGAGCCUGGAGGACGCAGCUACUGGUAGUGCUGCGAGUGGACUUGCAUCCUAUCUCACGCUGACAGACCCAGAGAUAAAUGCAAAGGGCAUGGAGACGUGUACUAUUGUUCAGGGGGUUGAGAUGGGGAAGAGAAGUGAGAUUGGGAUCCAGGUUAUACUGAAGGAUAAUAAGAAGGAGAUUGAGACUGUUCAUCUUCAGGGAAGCGCAGUGAAGGUGGCUGAAGGGGCGAAAGGGGGUGUAUCCUGUGAGACAAAGCAAGAAGGCAGGAAGAUGCUUCGCUCCAACUAUCAGCGGGAGACUCCAUCUCCUUCCUCUCAUCCGUUGCUCCAGGGGCUCAAGUCUACUGCAAAGUCAGGCAGGAAAUCGUCUUUGACGACCUCCUUUCACAAUUUUGCAAGAAACGCGUUGCAGCCCCUGAAAACUCGACCAGCGGACGAAGGAGCCAGCUACGGGAAAAGUGCAACUCGAAGCAGCUCACUGCCAGUCAGGGCCAGGGGUAUCUCUUCGCCAAAACAUGUAUUCGGCUCAGGACCGUCCGGAGUGAAGUCCCCAACACCUGCUUUGCCUCCUUUACCAGCCUUCUUAUCUCGUGGGGCGGACUCCAACAUUCCAAAGCCAGCUCAGCCUGCUACUAAGACGUAUCCACGUUUACCGGCACAAAAGGAAAACCUGAUCCCAAUUCAGCCAGAAAAGAAGCCAUUCAUCGGGUAUCAGGAUUUGAAAACCUUGCAUGGAGUCAAGGGCCAGGCUGGUGAGCUCAAACUGAAGGGAGGAACGACAAACGAAGCACCUUCAAACCCAUCGCCAGAUUCGACUUCCGAUGCCUCAUCUCAGGAUACUAUCAGACCCACGUACAGGACCAACAUCCCUAUCCCAAAGUCUGCUUCUCACUACUUGCCAGCUUCUUUCCAGCAUGGAGCUCCUCUGACUCCACUCGAGGUCUGCAAGCCAAUUUAUGCAUUCAAUGAUUCAACCGACUUCCUCAAUGAAAAAGAAGGGCUUGGCUUCGAGGGGCUCAAAGAUGGUAUUAUUGCGGUUCCAAAGGGAAUGCAGGGAGCAAUUGAUCAGUUCGAAGGAGGGUCAGUCGAAGCGUUUAGGGCUCCAAAGCCAAGGCCUAAUCUGAUUCCUCGUCAACUACCAAAGAGCAAGACUCUAGGAUUCUUUUACUCAAAGCCGAAACUUCCACCAGCAGACCCAUGCUAUCCAAAACUUGAUGCACCUCGUUGCUACUGCGAGGACCAUGAUGAUGUCGAAGUGACCGUUGAAAAGUAUGGGCUCGUUUCAGGAGGAAGCUUCUCUGUGGAAGCUCCAUCCACUCGUGACUCCGGCGAUGUCAAAGCAGUCAAAACCGCAAAACCUCAACAGUACUGGCUUGGACGACUCGUCACAUUGAUGAACAGCUUUCACCACGAAGCCGCCUUCAACGAACCCGAUCCUGUCACUGGAUAUGGGGUUGCUGGUAAUACACUCGAAGGGAAGGCUCCAUUGUCUGUCAACUUGGACGAUUACUACACCAAACGCGCUUUUAUGGUCUUGGAGCGAGCAUGUCUCACCUCAGAAGCCGCUGCAAGCUUGACGGAAUUCAAGGAUGCGUACUCCAGACGUUUCGGCCGCAAAUUCUCCCAGCGCUAUACCGGUGAAAUUGACAAGGGAAGUCCCAAGUCUGAGAAGAGCACUGGGAAGGGCGAAGCCGGCAUGAUGAACAUUCUCCGCUCAGUUAGGAAGAGCUUCGGCUAA